GGAAAGGGUCAGGACUAUCUAAUGAUGAACAUCAGACCCCGUAAAGACUCAUUAUAUGGCUCUUUUGAAGAACUUCUUCGAUUUUUCUGAAGUAUUGCUUCCAAUGAAAAGAGACCUUUGAUCACAUGUUCCCAUCUGUCUGAGCAACCUUCCACUGGGUGAUAAGGCAACACACUAAUCCACAUCUAUGGUGGAUUACAUGGUGUUUGGACAUGCAUCCAAUAACUUCAUGGGUGGCUCGAACAUUGCUCUACUGAUUUGCAGUCUGUCGGCCUGCUGGCCUCCUGGACAACCUCUGGGACAAGUACCCCUGCGAUUCGCUGCGUUGGGGGACUGGGGUGGGGUUCCAGUGCCUCCGUACUUCACUCCUCACCAGAAGUCCAUCGCAGACGAAGCUGAUUGGCUCGCCCGGACCGCGGGUCUGGACUUCGUCCUAAGCCUCGGGGACCACUUCUACUUCAACGGAGUGAAUGAUGUGGCCGACCCCCGCUUCAAGUACACAUUUGAGAAGGUAUUUUCUCACAAGUCCUUGCUGGCAGUUCCAUGGUACCUGGUGGGAGGGAACCAUGACCAUCGCGGGAGCAUCUCGGCCCAAAUUGCCUACUCCAACAUCUCCCACAGAUGGAACUACCCGUCCCUUUACUACGAGCUCCUGUUCCCGGUUCCUCACACCAACGUGUCGGUGACGGUGCUGAUGAUCGACACCGUGGUGUUAUGUGGGAACACGUACGACCAGGAGCAGCCGAGUGGGCCGGAGGACCCAGUGGCCGCAGAGAUCCAGUGGGCGUGGAUCCUCUCUAGACUCGCCCACAGCAAGUCGGACUACCUUGUUGUGGCUGGUCACUACCCCGUGUGGUCCAUCGGCCAUCACGGGCCCACCCCCUGCCUGCUGGAGAGGCUGCGUCCGUUACUGAAGAAGUACCAGGUCACUGUGUACCUGUGUGGCCACGACCAUGAUCUGCAGUUCAUCAGAGAGGAUGAUGGGAGCUCCUACGUCAUCAGUGGCAGCGGGGUCGUCAGCGACGAAUCCUCUGAUCACAGGGACAGCGUACCGUUGUCCUGGCAACUCUACUCCAGCCCUGUCAAUCACACAUCUGGAGGAAUGUCUUACUUUGAGGUCACAGAGAAAGCAAUGUCCAUCAGCUUUCUACAGACGGAUGGGAAAUGUGUGUACCGCGCAGAACUGGGACCUCGCAACACUUGAGGGGUUGGGUUUGUUGUACAAAUGUCGAAUUUGAUGCUUAGAAUCAGCAAUUUAUUAACCAUAUUCACAGUUUGAUAACUUAAGCUCCUCAUUAGAUAUAAAUUCCUUAACAUUGGCAGAGGAACAUGUAUAGAGUUAAUGGAUUUGGGAUUCGGGGUUAAUAGACAUUUUUUUCUUUUUUAUUCUGAUGAAAAUUGCCCCAAAUUUCAUCAGGCAAACUUGUAAUGUCAGUUAUAUUAGUGGACAAGCCAAACUGCCGUAGAUAAUGUGUUUUUUUGGGUAGCCCAGUCCUGUUGUCCGCAGUUGUAACUUCAUAACGUUACUCUACACAUUAGUGUUUCUCACAUAAUUAGAUUCUAGCUUUUGGUAGUGGCUGACGGAAGAGAGGAUAUUGUUUUUAGUUUUUUUUCCAAGUUUGAAGGAAGGAUAUUCAACCCUCUGAAUUGCAGCGAUUUGACACGGGGGACUAAGACUCGAUCAGCGGUAUCAAUCCUGUGUCUAGCAGGGAAUAACCCACUACUACUGACACUACUACUACCACCAUUACAACUACCACUACUGUCAUUUUGUAUGCGUUGAAGGAUAAAUGAAUGAAAGCUAUCGCUUUCGGGGGGUCAUUUGCAAAUCAUAAACACUAGGUAACACAAGGAAAAACAUUAUUUUUUUGUUUUAUUGUGAUGUAUUGUUGAAUCAGUAUUAGUUGUUUACAAGUACAAAUGAUACUAAUUAAUUUCAUAACAGCCAAUCAGUGUUCAAAUCAAUGUAAACCUUUUCAAAUAAAAACAUAUUUUUUCUAUUUUG